CAAAAAAUGUUCCAUGUGCUAUAGGCUGCCUGUUUAACCAAAAUUGUUGUAUAACAUUUCAGUUGUGGUGAAACAUGCCAGACUUGACAGUACUGGAAGCUGAAAUCCUCUAUUAUACAUACUUCAGGAGCAAUGCAGACUGCUCCAUACUGCCCUUCCAGAAUGCCUUAACCAUGUUUUGGAAAAGCACCUCUAAGGAUGAGAGGGGACUUUUCUCCAUGGCCCAGUCAAUUAGUGGUGCCAAAAAAGGGUGACACAUGUCAUCAAGGUUUUUGUGACGUGAUCAUUUAUUUACAGGGAGCUUGACUGAGACCCACCAAACUCAUUUCAUCUAGGCAAUCAAACCGCUUUCAGAUGAGUAAUGAGUUUUGAUCAUUAAUCAUCUAAGGUAAAUUUUCCAGAAAUGUCCAAGAGAUUUACGUACUGAAAUAGAUAUGACUUAGGUACCUAUGUCACUUAGCACUUUUGAAAUUUUUAUCUCUAAGCUGGUUUUGCACCAGGGAUGUAGAAAACUCCAAAUCCCAUUACUCACCUCCUUGAAAUAACCCAUAUCGUUACGGUUUUGAUUCAAGCAUUGCACUAAGUAGGCAAAUUUAUAAAUUAGCCCUAGAAUUUUCCAGCUGCCUAGAAACGGAUAGUUCAUGGCGUAUGGAGCCUUUCUGCUCUGGUUAUUGACUAGCUCUACUCAUUGGCAGAGACCAUUAGUAGUCAGGAUUGUCAAUCUGGCAUAUUCAUGGGCACUAAAAAUUAAUGUAAAAUUUUCAAUUUACUUGCACAAAAAAUGAAAUGUUAACAUGUAUCAUGUCAUGCUAAUGGGUUAUACCCCCUUAAAUGGAUUGCUAAUUGCAUGCUCUCUCUCUCUCGCUCUCUCUUUUUCUAUAUAUAUAUAUAUAUAUAUAUAUAUAUAUAUAAAAAAUCCUUACUACUAAUAAUGCAAAGAUAUCUCGUGAGCUACAGUGGUAUUUUAUAUGCACCACACAGUCUUUUUGGUAGGCUUUGCUAGGUUUUCACUGUAUUUUCAAUUAAUAAUUUAUAAUAUGACUAAUAAACCAUGUAACUAGAAAUGUUUGUCUACAGUGAGCCAUUAUCUAUGGCUGAUCUUCUGUAACAUUAGAUCUUGUUCCGCAGUCUCUCAUGGAUUUUCAUGUAAGUGAGAACUGAUAGUUGUUAGUCUGUUUGCAAUUACAUCCAACAGACACCUGCUCCAUUUUUAUGCUUAUAUUUGCUCUGAUUUAGGGCUGAUGGCAAAUCACAAAGAAAUUAUUCUGCCUGUUUGGAUUUGUUUAGAAAUAUUGUAAUUCCUUCUUGUUAUACAGCUGGCACCUGCCUUCUCCCCACUCCACAGCCCCCCCCCCCCCUUUUUUUUUUUUUUUUUUUGCAGAGUAAGGAUUUUGCUGAGAGUAGAUUUAAAGUAAAUAUGUUUUGCUGUUAGGCUCACAAAUACCAUUCACUCACUCAAAUUUAUCAGUCUCUUUUCAUUAUUUAAUAAACAUUAUUCCUGUUAUAUUUUACAUUUUAAUUAAUGUAAAUUCAGUUUGUUGUAAUCUCCUAGAAUGUGAAUUUAAUACAAAAAACAUAGGAACCACCAUUUGCAUGGUGCUUACAUGACCCCAAAUGUAAAAUGCAUCCUUGUACAAACAAUUUAUUCAUAAUGUAAGAGUAUUAACUUCCACCAGCAUUUAUGAAAUAUGGGUAAUCUCUAGCUGUAAACAUCUCUUUCCCAAGGCAGGGGUUUUCCUGUGCUGUUGGUUAUGGAUGAAGUAUGGAGUGUCAUCUCUGCAUUUUUUGUAUUGUGUUUUUUCUCAUUCUUUUAAAAUGUUACCACUAAGCUUUUUAAUGUUAGUUUUGUAACAGUCUUAUUAAUUCAGGAGAGCACCUGUUUGAACCUGCCUCAUUUUUGUUAAUCUGUAAUGAAUCUUAACAUGGAUGACUGGUCCAAUUAGUGAACCAUGUUUUCAUGAAGCAUAAAUACUCUGACAAGUGACAGCUUUUUGUACUCAAGGGAAGCUGAAGUUUUUAACAGAAAAGUCCAAUGCAUUUCUGAAGAUGAACUGUAUUUUGGCUCUUGCUAGUUUUCUUCUUCUGAUUUUCCUGGAAGUAGCCCCGUCUUGUCCUCCAAUCUGUAAAUACUGCUCCACGGGGCUAGCAGAAUGUGAGCAUGUCUCGUCGCUUCAGGAAGUCUUACCAGGUUUGCCAAACUCCACAGAGAAAAUACUAUUACGGCACGGAAACCUUAGCAAGAUACCACCACUGUCUUUUCAGAACUUCCCCAGGCUUCAUUUGCUCUCCAUAACUGGAUUUCUGUUCUCUUCACUUGCAAACCUGACCUUUGUUGCAAAGGACAUCAGCAGCCUGAGGAGUUUGGAUCUCAGCAGUAACUGCCUGCUGAGCUGUGGGAUUGAGCCUUUGGCUUUCUCUGGUCUUGGAAUCCUCGAGGAGUUGAUUCUUACAAACAAUGCCUUGGAUACGCUGAAAAGUUCUUGGUUCUUGGAGAUGCCCCUGCUCACCAAACUCCUCCUUUCUGACAACAAAAUUACAUAUCUUCCUCCAAGAACUUUUGAAAGUUUGGCUAAGCUGAACGAACUCAUUGUGUCUUCCAAUUUCAUUCAGUAUCUUUCCAUGGACACUUUUUAUGGGCUAGCAUCAUUGACCAAACUGGAUUUAUCAAGCAAUGAAAUCCUGUUUGUUAAUAACGAUGUUUUCGAGCCUUUGCAGGCCUUGACGCAUCUGUGGUUGUUUAAGAAUAAGAUGACUGCACUGGCCAGCAUGCCAGACUCUCUUACCUCCUUGUCUCUUAAUGAAAAUCCUUGGACCUGCAACUGUCAUCUGGUGAGCUCCAUGCAGUUACUGAAGGAGAAAGUUCAGACACCCAGUGGCCUGGUUUGCAAUAGUCCGCCAAGCCUGAGGGGACGCCAUAUGUUGAGUGUUGGGCCUGAAGUCUGUGGUUUUCCAACUCACACAGGAAAUCUACCACAGGAAAGCACUUCAAAAUUUAACGCGCUCUAUGGCUUCACAGGAGGACUUUUCUUCAGUUUCAUCAUGUGUCUGAUUGUCUAUUUUGUCACAAAACACUGGAAAUAUAGCAGAGUUGCUAAUCAGGCAGAGGAUGGACACAUCUUACAGAAGGACUCUGUGGAAGAGUUCCCAAGGAGUGUGACCAAUGCCCCUUCAGUAUCCUCACUUCCUCAUAGCUGUGUGAUAAAAGCAAAUACAACAAGGGGCUUUCAGAAGGAAAGUGAAGCUGACACAACAGAAAAAGCACUGUGUGACCAUUUGAACAACACAUCCAAAUCCAGCAGAGAACAUUCAGAAACAAGUUCCCCAGUGAAGAUGCCUGGAGUGGCCGUGCUGCCGGCUCACAGUCCCACAGGUAAAAAGAUCAUGACGAUCUGUAAAGAUGGAAUGGAAAUUGAAAGAUUAACUGAAAGUCCAGACAAAGCCACAAGCCCAGCACUCCAGCAAGUGGGCAGCAAAAAUGUGGAGAGAGCAGUUGAAAUCCCCAGAUGUGUCAGUGCACCGGGCUUACUUCCUAAUGUGGAGAAACAACCUUCUCCAGAAAGGGACCAUGGUUUGCAUUGCUCAUCGUUGAGCCAUGAAAAAACAAUCCCGAUGAGGGAGUGGAUGGAGAAUAGGGAAUCUGCCUUGGUGAAAUAUUUUGAAACCCAGCGGGAAGAGCAGGGUUUGAGUCCCAUUACCUGGUUUUCUGGUUCUCAGUGUUCCCGGACUUUGGUAAAUGUAGUUUCUCCAGCAGGAAGUGCUACACAUAUACAAACAGGCAGAGACCGAAUUCACACUGCCUCUAACAAGAGAAGUAAAUCCUGGAGCCCCUUUCACUUCAGCAUCUCCAGUCAUUUAACAGAGGCUCAUGGAGAUAGUGCAUCUAGAAGAAAUUCUGAGAAUGGAUUUGAGGCCAACUCGGUGCAUUCAAGAAGAGACACAGACUGCGAGACUUUAUGUCGAGAACAUUUUAUAAAGAGUGAGUCCACAGAUACUACUGAGGACAGAUCCAAAGAUCAAGGAAUGAAAGAACCAGACUUGCAGAAAGACAUCUAUCUCAAGAACUGUUGCAUUGCACAGAGUGAAAGCAACAAUCAGGGAGAGACUACGAACACAGGGGAUGUCAACCUCACUCCAGAACCUGAAGCACCAGCCAACUCCCCACUUUCAGAUUUAGCCAGCCCUAGAGAAUAUGUUGGUGCCAGCAACCCAGAUAAUAAAGGCAUUAAGCCUGCAGUGCAGGGCAAAUUAGUUAGCCCCUUUCUUGGAAAAGGUAUCCAUCCCCAGUCUUUCUGUAAUAAUGAGAGACUGGGAGAAGAGAGGCCCAGCUGUAGAAUACCCAGGAGUGAGAAACCUGACAAAGAAUCUUCCUUAAAGAAUAAUAAAUUAACAAAAGAGAGAUUUUGGAAAUACCAUACAAAUUGCUGCAAUGAAUACCAGCCCUGCCCAACUGCUCAGAAAGUAUUAAAAGAGCUGAAGACUGCACUUCUGACUCCAGGAGAGCAAUUAGAUCUGUCCACGCAGGCUCCCCCCUCUGACGUGGAUCUUCUGAAAGAACAAGAAGUGACCACAACUUUCCUUGCCCAGUGUAUAAACAGUGAGGAGCCACUAACAAACAAAUGGGAAAAGGAUAAAAAUAGCACUUUGCCAGUUGCACACGCUUCCUUUGCUCCUGAUGGAAUUUGCCAUCAAGAGUUGCCUGGAGAUGACAGUAAAAAUUUUUGUGGACUUCCUCAGACAAUAACUCUGCAGCUGGGCCAACAAACCAAUAUAUCUCACCAAGAAGCUGGUGCUGAAUGCCAGUCUUUAAGUAAGGCAAUUGUUGAAUCCAUCAAUGAAUUUCAAGGGAGCACUGAAAAAUGCAUUGUAAAAGAUCAGAGCAGGACAGUGGAUAGUUUGGAGCAACUGCAGUUAGGAAAUGCCUCUGUAGGUGCCAAUAGUCUCCUGUCCAGAAGAUGCGAGAAUGCACGUAAUGAACAUGUUGCCCAGGACUGGAAGUCUUUGGAUGCAGAAACUGAUUCGGAUGCACUGACACAAACAUAUAAUACCAUCAAUGAGCAUUUUGCAGGAGGUGAAGAAGGUUGUGUUCCUGCAUCUCCAAGUAUUUUACACAGAGAACUCUGCCAUGUUAAAUCUCUACAACUCAGCGCUAUGGCAUCUGUCUAUACUUGCCGCCCUCUCAGUGCAGAUGAAAGAACCCUGGCACCUGACUCUGAAACUUCCAGUCCGAAUAUUAGUAAAGUUCCUUUAUUGGACGUUCACAAAGUUGAACGUAAAGGUAUAGCAGACAGGGAGCCCAGCUGUUAUUUGUCAGAUGAGGUUAUUUCGGAGCAGAAAAUGCACAUUUCUCCAAGCGAAGAGAAAAGUGUAGGCGGACUGAGAGAUGCAAGUACUGAUGCUGAAUUCAUGCUUAAUGAAAAUGAGGGAGCUCAGUUUGAUAUUGACCAGGAGAAAACAAAGGCAUUUCAAUCUGACGGUACUGAGCACAAUUCAUAUGAGUUCGUGAAAGUUGUUAGCUCAAAUGACACAGACGGCCAAAAGAAUACUAGGGAGCUGUUAGCCCCCCGUGACAAUUCGAGGAUUGAAAAUAAAACCUGGCAUAAUACUGACAACCGUCCUUGCAGAAGCUGCUUGGGAAAUGCCUGUUCUUCUAUAGCAGCCGAUCGUAAUGAAUGUGACGAUGCAGAAUGCAGAAAGGAAACUGGCCCUGAGUCUCUCUGCCAACCUGCUGUAUCAAAAGGGAGCAGAUCCUUUACAAAUCCUUCUCUUACUGUUUAUGAAAGUCAAGCAGAAGAAAUCAGUGUUGCAGGCUAUGAUGGUACUUUUUCUCACUCACGCCAGGCCUCCAGGAAUACAGGAAUUCAGCAAUUUACUUGUAAUAAAAAGGACGAGUUUCAGCUCCAGAAUAUACAGAUAAAUCCAAAAACAGAGAAUGAACCAGAUAUGAAAUAUUCUAACUCUAAAUACCCCAUGUUAGUGGCUGGCAACACAGAUGCUAAGCUUUGUGUGGCAGGAGACAACCCCUCUGCCAGUCCAUAUUUAGAAAGCAGACGGCCCCUGGAGAUUGGACUACAUUCUAAGACCAUUCGUCUGCCAGAGCAGUCUCACAGGUCUCUUCUGCAACAAGGUUCUGUGCUUUCCAACCCAUGGAAGAAGGAAUUAGAGCAAAACUGGAAUGAAAGUCCAUCAGGAAAACAACUCAAGAAAACGUAUUAUUCUGUUUUCAGACUACCUACCGAAGGCUCAUCUUUUGGGAAACUUUGCCAGAAUUUAGACUGUACCAUUGAGCCUCCUGAUCUGAGCAAGGGAACAUCCCCCACUACCCUACUGACACCAAAUCCAUAUUUAUUGGGACAAGAAACUGAAAUACAUGCAAAUGGAGGGUCUUGGGCAUUCAACCCUCAACUGAUGGAUAAAGCCACAUAUUUAAGUUGCCUUUAUAAUCCAAAGGCACCGAGGAAACAAGCAAAUGAACUAAGUGUACUUUCUAAUCUCCGCUAUUGUAAAAUUUCAGCAAAAGUGUCCUUUGGUGUGGAGGAGGAGGAAUGGAGGUCAGUGUCUCAAAAAAAAGAAAAUGACCCAGAUCAAUUAAUGAGUAACCAUCAGUAUGAACCUCCUCCUAAAAAAGAAGUCACCACAGAUAGCGACUGAUGUAAGUAUACUACCUGACUUUGGUAGAGCUUUGCACGGCUAAAAUGUAAUCAACUUGUAAAAUGAAUGGGUUUGUGUAUGUAAAUGAGGAUAGUCAAAGAUGACUCAAAAAUACCACUACUGUACUGGUCUGUAGAGAUACACGUAAUGCUUUUCUAUGACACAGUGAUCUUGUACAUCACUCUGGCCCUGUGUUUUCAGUCUGUUGUCUGUCUUUCAGAAAUGUAGUUUCAAGAUACCUGUGUAUAUAAUUUUUGAUCUUGAACUAAUCAGAAGUGUUAAACAUCCCAUGAAAAACAUUUAGUGGCAUGCAAGUUUAGGCCUUACAUUUGAUGUACUCAGUGUAGUAAUGUACCUCAGCCAGGUGCAACCUGUUCAUAGAUGUUUUGGAAUUAACAAAGCUUACCUGCUUUAAAGAAGGAAAGGGUAGUGCUUAAAGAUCAUGGUGUGUUUUUUCUUAAUUUUUAAACAUUUUUGGAAGCCUGUGAUUUUAAACGUUUCCACCUAGUAUUUUCCCUCUUUUUCCAUUGUGGGUAGACAAUGUUUGAAUGUUCUGGGAGAUGGACUUUUCUCUUGAUUUUUGAACAAUGAGUGGUUUCUUUGGGUGACAGACUUUACAUACUGUAUAUAGGGGGGAAAUAUAGGGCAAAUUGGGUUGGACCAUCUAAUAUUGAUGGUGCAACGAAGCAUCUCUUUAUCAAAUGACUGGGGUAAAAUCUUUUUUCUGCACAUAAGGAUUAGAUAUUGCCCUUGGUAUCUUGACUUUAAGGAUUUUAAUAUUGUUGGUAUUAGAUUGAUUUGGGCUGACAUUUGACUGGAACACAACAUUCAUACAAAAUAUCAUUAAAUUAAGGGAGGGAGUUUUGAAAAGAUCUGAAUUUUUUUAAAAAAAUCACAAAACAUAUCGCACAAUUUUAGAGUGCUGCAAAAUGGGUUUGGUGGCCUAUCUGUGCUUUGGGAUUUUGGAAGGAGAUUUCCAAUUGACCUCAAAAUUACAGCUCACUUCCCCUUUCCAACCCCUUCAAAAACAUUUACAAAAGUCUAUGCUGUCGCUGCAUGCAGCUGUUUUAUUGUAACUUUAUUUUUUACAGACCAGUGUGAAGCAUCUUCACAUAUAUUUGUACAAAAAAAAAAACUCCAGUUGGCUGUCUACAGUGUAUUUCAGAACAUUUCACAAAAGAGGGUCCCAUAUGUGGAAAAACCUGGAAUUGUAAUAUGUAAUUGCUAAUAAAAAUGCAUGCACUUGGGGACCUGGAGGAGUGUGAAUUCCCUUCUGGGAAAUGAAGAUGUGACAGGUUUUUCAGACAUAUUUUACACACUUAGUCAAAAGGGGUUUUUAAUGGGAAGUACAUAUGUUCUGUACAUAUUUUUGGCUAUUCAAAUUUCCCUUUAAAUGUUGAUCUACAAAUUUAGUCCAUAUUUGCAGUAUAAAACAGUAAAUGGACAUGGAACAUGCAAGGAAUUGAGUUGUCAGUAAAUCUGUAAAUGUCAUUGCCAUCUCUUAUUUUGCUUAUUUCUGCAUUUUCCCCAGACUCACUGGUUUGUUUGUUAAGCACAAACAUACUCUUCAGAAAGUAUGUGUGGUGGUGAUUUGCUAGAGAUUAGCCACGCUAGUUCAAUCAACUUCAGAGACUCUCUCCUUCUCACUCAGUAACUUUUGGACAGCUGAUGGGUAACCAAACGUGCACAAAACUCGUAUCCUGCAGUGUGUCUGGCAAUAUUUUCGAUACGUGUGGUUACCACAGUAGUGCUGCUAUCCCCAGUGCCUGCCUUCUGGCUUUCAUGGCAUGUAAUGUUGAGAGUUCCCGUCUAUACCAUCUGACUCUUUUCCAUUAAUUUUUCUGAAAUAUCAAGUAACUAGACUUGCCCUACUCAGACAAUUAUUCCUGAUCACUCCUGGCACAUUUCUUAGACCUGAGCUAUUGAGGAAAAGCAAAUGAACAAGCUAUCCUUCUGAAGACAUUUGUAUUUUCCGAAAGACUGACAAUAUUACAGCCUUCAUUAUAGGGUAUAAAUUAUGUAUAAGAAAAUUAACUGCUUUCUAAAACAUAGGUAGGUUACUUCCUCAUUAAUCAUGCAGGCAUCUUUCCCUGUUGUACAGUAUUUUUAAAGAGAUGGCCUUUAUAUAACUUUGUGCCCGUGGCUGCCAACAACAGAGGUCAAUACUGUACUUACUGGCUGUUGAAUGAGCUAUUGUUUCUUUCCUGAAUACUUAGUUUUAUGUCUUUCAAAUAAGAACAAAAAUGAAAAUAAACAUCUGAAGCAAUUCUCUGUAGCCGUGCUGUUUCAUGCCUCAGACACUGGUUUGUGGCCAAGACACUGUCAGUAGGUUUGUCAGUUUUAUAUUUACUGUAUGCCAUACACCAUACUGCUGUUUCUUGCUUUCUGAACAACUGAAAAGCAUUUGGAGCAUUACAACUACAUACAAAGGUGGACUUUGCCCCUGAUCCCCUUCUAAAACAGCGGUUUAUAAGUGGACACAUAAUUUUCCCUUUGAUGCCAUAACGUUUUCAGGAGCAUUACAAAAAUAAAAUAUUUUGUUUUUACAUUAGUCUUGUAACCAAUUCUAAAGAAACAGAAAAUUAAACAUUUGAUCUUAGAAUUUCAUCAGCUGUAGAUAAAUAUCUACAAGAGGUUUUUUUUACAUCUCAUUAGAAUGUUUACCAUAAAUUUGCACCAUAGAAAUUUGUAAGAUUUUAAUUUGUAAAAAUGUCAUUCUUUUUUAAAAUACAUGUAUAUAUUAAACAAAAUGAAGCAUUGUCAAAGUACCACAGAACACUGUUAAGGUUUUUGGUAUUAUAAUAAAUCAUGCAUAUUCUAUAUGUGUUGGUUUGGGUUUUUUCUUAUGUUAAGUGUUAUCAUUAGUAUAUUAUAUUUAUAAUUUUUGCCAACCUAACUUACUGUUCUGCUACUCAGCUGGGUUAGCCUUAACACGUUGCCUUU